CUCUCGCUCAGCGUGUACCGAGUAAGCUUACAGUAAUAUCGCCCGGUGAACGAUCGACAAUCAGAACAGUGACUACGAAUAAAACGACGCUUCGCAACGACUAUAUAUUCAUAUGCACAGUACCACAAGUAUUCGAUCUUUCUGCAAAGUUUUAUCGUAAUAGUUUUGUGUCGUAGUCGUUAAAAAUAAACUUUUAAGUCGUAUUAAAUUUUAUCAAAAUGAUGAAUACGCUCGUAAAUGCUACCUCGGCGGCAAAAGCUUCUUGCCCUAUGAUAAUGGUGUUCCACGGCGGUCACUGUGAGCGAAUACUGUGGCGCAGUUGGGUCGCCAGCACUGUUGUAGAGUUUGGUUUCUCUUGUGUUGCUUGGUUUUUCAUCGCUUUUAUGUAUGAAGCAAUCAAAUUUGCACGCCAACAGCUGUAUAAACGCUCAGCACAGAAAGCUUCAGAACGUAUGGCCUUAGAGGUAGAAGCGAAACGUGCCGCCCAUCCACCAGGCUGUACACAUGCAUCGUCUCAUUUGCCGGAGAUCAGAGGGAAAACGCAUAGAGAACAUCUUUUUUCAAAAGAUCACAUCAUACAGACGCUGCUAAACGUGGUGCAGGUUAUCACAUCUUAUCUUCUGAUGUUGGUCUUCAUGAACUUUAACUAUUGGUUGUGCUUGUCUAUGAUAUUGGGUUUAGGCUUCGGCUACUUUUGCUUCGGUUGCGUUAGACAGCCAGGUAUAGGUACCGAAUGCUGCACUUAAAUCUGGUGGGAAAAUUCCAAAAUUACACGGGCUCCAUUGCUUCAUUUUACUCUCAAUACAAUUCAUUGUUUUAAGUUAAUAAGAUAGAUAAUUGACUGAUUUAAGGCUUUGGAAAUGAAAUCCAACUAAUUGUAUUUUAUGCGUACAUGGGGUCGAAAAGACAAAAGUCUAUAGGUUUUGUUUAGAAGUUUAUAAUUAUGUGCAAAUUUAUUUCCAAGAAUUUUAAUAUAUAAUUCUAAAUUAAACAGAAAAUGCUUUGUAAAUAUCAAUCAUAAACCAAGCACAUUAUUUUUAGCAAGUACGAAAUAAAAGUGUCUGUACACACAUACAUACAUACAUAUAAUAUGCAUUUGUGCUAAAUUCAAGGACAUUCACAAAAAGUUGCCAGUUAUAAAAUUUGAUA